AGAGAGAAUCUGACACCACUCUCAUGGCCGCUGAAGACAAACUCCAAUGCGGCAACAAUGGCAAGAGCAAGAAGAGGAAGCAACGUUAUCUUCCCCACAACAAACCAGUAAAGAAGGGUACCUACCCAAUACUUCCUGGAGUUCAGGGUUUCUUCGUCACUUGUGACUGUGGCAGGGAAAAGCAAGCUAGUCACGAAGCUAUUAAUGUCAUCGAUAGUUUCUAUGAAGAGCUUGUCAAUGGGGAGGAUUCUGGAGCUGAGUUUGUAGCUGUGACCAAUAAACCCUUGAUUAAAGUAACUAAGUUCUCAGAUUCUGAUUCAUCUAGUGAUGAAGACAAUGCUAAUGGUGAUGAAGAUGAAAAAUUAAAUCGUCAUGAGGAUGAAAACUCAGAUCCUUGUAAAAUAGGUGCUGCUAAUCAUGAAACUCUAAAGGAUGAGAAAUUGGGUUAUCAGAAAGAAGAUAAUGCGAAUCUUGAAAAUCAACCAAAUGAAACUGAGGAGAUGUCAGCGAAGAAACAACGCUUACAAACAGAUGCAUUAAAUUGUGAAAAGGUAGUAGGUGGUAAGACGGAGGAGAAGUCCAUUGAUAAGCUAAUUGAAGCUGAACUAAAAGAGUUGGGAGAUAGGAACAAGAGGCGUUUUGUCAGUCUUGAUUCAGGCUGUAAUGGUAUCAUAUUUGUUCAAAUGCAUGAAAGAGAUGGGGACCCUAGUCCAAAAGACAUUGCGCAACACAUGAUGAUGUCGGCUGCUUCUACGAGGAAACACAUGUCAAGGUUCAUCUUAAGGGUGUUGCCUGUUGAAGUGACAUGCUACGCCUCAGAAGAGGAGCUUUCUAAAGCAAUAAAACCACUUAUUGCAAAAUACUUUCCAGCAGAAGCUCCAACCCCACAGAAGUUUGCGGUCUUAUAUGAUGCACGUGCAAAUGCUGGUAUUGAAAGGAUGUCAAUAAUAAAUUCAGUGGCAAAAUCUGUUCCUGGACCCCACAAAGUGGAUCUUAACAAUCCAGGCAAGACCAUUCUAGUUCAAGUUGUGAAGACCAUAUGCUUGAUUGGGGUCGUUGAAAAUUACAAGGAGCUAUCCAAGUACAACCUGAGGCAGCUCACAUCACCAAAACCAUAACAUUCUGGUUCAUAUUCAAGCUUGAAAAUCCUUUAAUAUAAAGAUCAAACCUUUUGUGGGUUGAUUUUCAAUAGGAGACCUUCAUUUGUGACUACAUUAGUAUCACCAAGGUGCAUAUCACAGUCAAAGGUGAUUCAGGGAGACGA